UUCAACUACACUUGAUGGUUGAACGUGCCUCAUGUUCUAUUUUUUUAAAUAAUAAUCAUAACUAAUGUCGACUCUUUUUAUUACUGAACUGAAAUAUUAUUAAAAAUAGCUACAAAGACGCAACAAUAAGCAUUUGAAAGAUAUUUAUAUUGCGUAUGAAACAGCAAAAAUAUUUUUUAUUUUGAAUAUAACUUUUAAUAUUUAACUGUUCACUGUUUGUGAGAAGGGAGAUGGUGAUGUCAUUUUCGACCAAUAGCAUGAUCUGGCGCAUUUUGAGAAGGCAUGCAGAACUGUCAGACUUGUUUGGGCAUGCUGGACUGUCACACUCUAAACUAUCAAAGAUGAGUCAAAGCUUUAAGUGGAGUACUGGUAUGGAGAGGACUUUCAUUAAACUCUUUAAAAAGGAACCAAACAUAUGGAAUACAAAGUUGCCUGAACAUAAGGAUAGGGUGCGAAGGAAUGCUUCUUUUGAAAAAAUAUCUGAAAAACUAAAAAUGAAGUGGCCUCAGCAUGCCACUGAAUUCACAACGAAAAAGUUGCAAUAUAAAUUUGAUAAGUUAAAGUCUACAUUCCAAAGGAUUAUAAGAUAUGACAGAAAACAGAAUUGGGUUCAUUUCCAAUCAUUAAGAUUCCUUGAAGAUGUUGGCAAAGGGGAGACUAGCAUUUCAAACUUGGAGGAAAGUGAUGAGGAAUCUUCUUUGUCAAGUCAGAAUGUGGAAGAAAUUGUAGUGGAAACACUAGUAAGAACUGGAAGCACUAGUAAGAAAAGUGGUGCUGCAAGCACUAGAACAAAAGGUGGUGCUGGAAGCACAAGUAAGAAAUGUGGUACUACAAAGAUUAAAAGAAAAAGAAAGACUCCUGAAAGCAAUAGUGUUAAAAGUAGUGCUAAAAGCAGUACUUAUAACUUACGUCAGGGUUACGCCUUCAAACAUCGACGCGGUAAUGCUCGUGGUACGCCUGAGGAAGCUGCGAAUUAUGGUAAGAAAGAUGGCACGUUCAAGGAGUAUAGAUGUUUUUCACCUACAGUUACAAGGUACAAGAAGUCUAUUGGAGGAUCUUCAGUGGAGCAAUUAAAGGAAUCGUGUGGCGUAUGGCUAUGUGGUCCGCCACGUUGUGGAAAAGAUUAUGCUGUUCGUCAGAUAAAAUCAUUGUUUAUUAAAUCGUUAAAUAAAUGGUGGGAUGGAUAUCAAAAUGAGGAAGCUGUGUUACUUAGUGAUGUGGGGCCAUCACAUACGCGGCUCGGUUUUUUUCUAAAAAUAUGGACUGAUAUUUAUCCUUUUAAAGCUGAAACUAAGUGUUCUUCAAUAGAAAUUAGGCCAAGGAAAGUGUUUUGUACUUCAAAUUUUCGUUUGGAGGAAGUUUUUAAAGGGAACAUUCUGUCAGCUUUACAAGCAAGAAUGAACGAGUAUGAUUUCUAUCAUGAGCCGCAUAAAAAAACGGAACGUUUAAAUGUUGGCGCUCCUGAGCUCGUGUUAUCAGUGCUAGUCGAAAAUGGGGAAAUUCAUGAAAUCUAAGUUCGUCCGUCAUCGCCGGUUGCAGGACCAUCUAAUGUGUAAUACUGUUAAAGUGACAACUCGUGAUUGUGAGAUAAAGAUUAUAUAAAAAUGUUCAACACAUGACAGUGCUCAUCAUUUCUACAGACAGAUUAAAGUUGCAAAUUUCAUAGGUGAGAAUAUUGCAUUUGCUAGUAAUGUUGAACAGUACAAUUUUAUGAAGAUAAAUUGGUUUGCAAUUAGGUUUAAAGAAUUAUUGUGCAUUUCAACAGAAAUUCCUGUUGCUACUGGUGCUAAAUAUUAUUAUGGACAAGGUGUUUAUACAGGAGGACUGACAGAUUAUCCAUUUUAUGUAAAACUGGGAUAUAGAUUAUUUGGAACUGCACUUGUUUGCCUAAUAAAUGUAACAAAUCAUUGUUAUUUAAAGUUCCAAGGGAAAUGCAUUUAUUUUUUCUAACUGCUAAAUUUCAAUGUUUAUCAAGGUGCUGAUAUUGGAGAUUUUUUUGAUACUGUGUUUGUUUUUAAAAAUAUUAGAUAUCCUACUGCUUCGUAUGACACACACCCUGAUUGGGGGUGGAAUAAAUUAUUGCCCGCUGCACAAUUAGAUCCCAACAUUGCUGGGAUCCGAUCAACACAUUACUUGGUAUAGAAUAUUCUGUCAGUUACAUUCAAAGGGCGAAAUGUUAUGGGAGUGCCUUAAAUUAUGUUUAUUUAUGUUAAUAAAUGGAGCAGCAUACUGCAAACCAAAUUCCAA